CUUCCUGCAGUAAUUGGUCGAGAAGGUUCUGGCAUUGUAGAAGCAGUUGGUGAGGGUGUAAAGGACAUCCGGCCUGGAGAUCAUGUAGCUUACAUGAGUUCUUCAUCUUAUGCUGAAUUUACAAUUGCGCAUUCAAAGUAUGUUGCUAAAGUACCAGAUGAUCUCGAUUUGAAGUUGGUUGCAGCCUCUCUUCUUCAGGGCUUAACUUCUUGGGUCUUGGUAACUCAGUCUUAUGAAGUGAAAAAAGAUGAUUGGAUUCUUAUCCAUGCAGCUGCAGGUGGUUGCGGUCUUCUUCUUGUGCAAUUCGUGAAAAAUUGUGGCGCUCACGCAAUUGGUACCGUCUCUAAUGAUGAGAAGGCUAAAUUAGCUAUUUCAGCUGGUGCUGAACAUGUAAUCAAUUAUUCUAAUCAGAAUGUUGUUGAGGAAGUCAUGCGGAUUACUGAUAAUAAAGGUGUACAUGCUGUUUUUGAUGGUGUGGGCAAAGAUACUUUCGAAACCUCUCUAGCUUGUGCUCGUCGUUUAGGGUCGGUAAUUUCAUUUGGAAAUGCGAGUGGUGCAGUACCACCGUUCGACAUUUUAAAACUUGCAGAAAAAAAUUUAAAGUUGAUGAGACCUACAUUAUAUAAGUACAUUGAAACCGAAGAAGAGUUUAAAAAAUAUACUGCAGAGUUGUUUGCA